UUAACUUUCAGUCGAUCGUUGCCCGCUGAAGUGUACAGUUGCGCGUAUUGCUGUUGUCAGAUCGUAUCUAAGGAGUUUUCGGAAGUGUUGUGUCGUCCAGUUCCGAACCAGCCAAGGCGAUCGGUAACAGUGGUUUACAGCAGUGUAUAUCCGUGGCUAAGUAGUGUGAUUCAUCGAAGGUAUCCCGUCAAUUGUUACGGUUGUGAUUUACUGCCAAAAGGGUCGGGUAGAAUUACUUCCGGGGAAGUACAUAACGACUCACGAGGCAGCAUUUUUUGCACACACUGUUCAAAUGGAAAGUACUUUCAACUCGUCGAUCGUCGAACAGUACAAGCAGGGUUGCCCUCGAAACUAAUGUUAUUGGUAGUAUUGGUACCAUCAUCAACCGUCGGGUGAAGAAGACCAGUGAAGACCAAAACACAGCGCCAAGAGAGUAUCCACCCCGCAAACGAUUCACAUGGUUUGCGUGUGAUUUCCCCUUCACGUAACCGUGUGUAGAACCGAAGGAGAAGGAGAAAAGUCAGCCACGCGUGCGAAAGAGAUACCAGCAAUAAUAAAUCCAAACUAGCGAAAAGCAGUCAUAAAGCAACAUAACAGUGAGCCGAAACGCGAAGAAAUAAGUAUACCGAAAGCAAAAUCUUCGAGGUAAAACUGAACCUGACAUAAAAAUACGAAUAACGAGAAGAAAAGUUUCGGCUGCGCAGGCGGUGAAAUCAAGUGAUCACGAAGCGGUGGUGGAGUGUGCAGGCCCUCGAAAAGAAGUGUAUCUUGAAAGCCAAAAUUGAAAAGUGAAAGGUUACUAGCAUUUAAAGAAAACCAUUAGCAAAAUGUUGAAGACAAAGUCCGUUGAAGAUAAGGUGGAUACUUUGCUAUCCACGAGCCAAAUACCGAUCAUCGAUUUGGCACAUUGCGGCACAGAGGAAUGUCCCAUCCGGUCGGUCGUAAAUCGAGUUGGAUCACAGCUGGUUCGAGCCUUAACUGAGAAAGGAGUUGCACUGUUAGUGAAUCAUGGUAUUGUGGAGGAUAAGAUCAAAUACGCCUACAAUCACUUGGACGACUUCUGCAAACUGCCAGACACCACCAAGGAGCUGUAUCUCAGGAAGGACGGUAAUCACGGAUAUGUUAAACCGGGACAGGAGCGCUUCGAUGGCAAAUCGAAGGAUAUCCGGCACACUUUCAACAUUUGCACGCUGAAACCGGAAGCAAAACUCCCAGAAGAACCCCUACCUGGUUUUCGGGAACACAUCUCUGACCUGGCGACAGAUUUCCAACGUUUAUCGUCCCUGCUGCUGCAAGCCCUGGCUGUGGGACUAGAAAUGCCAUACAAAUACUUCCUCGAGAAGCAUUCUCACAUUUUGGACGGUGAGGGCGAGAACCAGUCGACAUUCCGAUUGCUGUACUACCCGCCACUGAUCGAAGACGACGGUAAGAACGAACUGCAACGGGGUACCUGCAAGUACAGUCAACAGCGUUGCACAAGGGACGAAAUCGAUCUCUCAUUACCCGAGGACUACAAGCGAAAGCUUGCCGAGGAGCAAGAGGCUCACGAAGCGCAUUACACGCGCUGUGGCGCACACUGCGAUUAUGGCACGUUCACCCUGCUGGUACAGGACUCGGAAGGUGGUCUCGAGGUGAAGCUACCCGGUUCGGACAAGUGGAAACGGGUUGGUUUUCUGCCCGGUGCCAUUCUAAUUAACGCGGGCGAGCUACUGUCGACGUGGACGAAUGAGAGGCUUCCCGCCCUGCCACACCGUGUUGUGAUACCGGAAGAGGAAUCCCUUAAAUGCCGUGGAAGACAUUCGAUAGCAUUUUUUGUGCACCCUGAUAACUGCACGGACAUCGAACCGCUUGAGAUGCCUACCUCCAGUUCAUCCAACUCACUUGAUUCGAUGGAUAAAAAGCCAAAGAACCGGAAAAAAUCAUUUAAGACGGCCAAGACAAAAAUCUACAACGCCUAUCAACAUGUGCAACGUCGCUUCAAGGAAACGUAUGCUUCCUAGACAAGGACCUAACAAGGCACAAUGCAAGGACUGCCUCAACAGACAAUUGGAAACUUAAUUGCGCAUCCCUAGAGUACGCGGGACGUAAUCCAUCAAGCCAAUUUAAGGACGUUAACUAGCAUUAUUACGAAGGAGCGCAACAAUCGAAACUUAAACUGAAACAAAACUACUUACUCAUACCACUGCUAUUGGCAGCGGUUAAUUGUAGCAACAACAGCAGCAGCAGCAGCAGCAAAAUCGAUGGUUGUGAAUAUGUGCGGCGGGGGCUAAAACUGCAAAACUUAUACCCAAAUUGGAUCAUCAAUCACGUUGCUCCCCCCCGGGUGGUCGUCCAUGCUCCGUUUUUCUCCCGCCAAGUUCUGUCAUUAGAUGAAAUAUCAAUUUUCAUGUUUUGUUUUCGGACGACCUGGAAUGUAAAUAGCGCAUUGCCAGAAACAGAGCAGUAGGAACUAUUUAUUCUACUCCAUCUAUUUAUUGAUUUUCUGUUUUUUUUUCUGUGAGCCGUGAAUAGACAUAUUUCUGCGAUUUUUACUUUGUUGAAAAAAGGAUUGCUUCAUCCGUCCCAAAACGUUCACAAACGAGAAUAGCAGUUUUGCAUGGAACUGCCGUUUGUUGCUGGUAACUAACUGUAGUAAAUUAUACAAUAGAACAGAGUCGUCUGCAUGCCGGGAGUCGUAUACCAUUAAAACAAUUUCAAUAAUUCAUAUCAAAUAAUUAGCUAAUAAUAUUUUUUUUAUUAUUGGUAGAAACAAUUAUAAAGUCUGAAAUUUCUAUAGCCUUUUGAGCGUAGAUGUCGAACAAAUAAUUCAUCCUUUAAAUUUUACCAUUCACAUAACUUUUAACUUCAACCCGCUGCUAUAAAUAAUGAAGUGAUAUCCUGUGAGAAGACAAGCAAAUUAUACAUAUUUUUUUUUAAAUAAAUACAUUUUCAUUUUACAGACAAUGA